AUGUCGCGCCCUUCCGCUCAACCACCGGGGCCAACAAUGCAACACAUUGCCCCAGCUGACGGACACAACCCUGACGAGGGCAUCGAGCAGGCCGCCAUGCACACUCCACGCCACUCUUUGGAAUUCGAGAAACGGAAUCACACAGAACAGGGUCGAGAGGAGGAUCAUAUGUACUCACAAAGACUGGCAGAGGCGGCCGGGAAAAUGCCGCAACAAUACUUCAUCUCCCCCAAUUACAUCUUGACCAUGAUUUCGAUGUCUUUGGUCGUCGUGUCGACAUAUUUCGGCUUUGCGGUCCCAGCCUCUGUUGUAACCUUCAUCAAUGCGGAUAUUGGCCGUCUUUCGGACAAAUUCGGGCGACGAUACUUUGUCCUUGUUGCUGGGGCCGCGUCCAUCGUAGGCGGCAUAAUAGCAUGCACUGCCAAAAAUAUGAAUGCUUUGAUCGGAGCCAAUACUAUCAUCGGGUUGGCGGGAGGUGUCUACUCAUCUUUGACUUUGUUUUCAGGAGAACUCAUGCCACACAAGUACAAGUUCGUAGGCAUGACGUUCAUUCUGAUUCCCGUUGUCUGCUGCACGGGUCUCGCAGCAUAUGUCGGACGCGCCUUGAUCGAGACACGGAAUUGGAGGUGGAUCUACUAUAUAUAUUUGAUCAUUACAGGUGCGGCGUUUCUGAUCCAGCUCUUCGCAUACCAUCCAGCCAAUUUUCAACAACUCCAUGGCGUUCGCCGAACUCGGAUGCAGGAGUUCCAACGUGUCGACUUCGGCGGAUUCUUCCUCAUCGUGGUUGGUCUAACUCUUUUCUUGCUCGGCGUCUCUUGGGGCGGGAAUCCCAAGCCAUGGACCUCAGGUCUGGUCUUGGGGCUCUUGAUUCCGGGAGGCGUCAUCGUGGUUAUAUUCCUGGUCUAUGAAGCGAACUGUCCGAGUCCGAACCCUUUUGUGGAGAUGAGGCUCUUCAAAAAUGUCCGAGGUUUUGUCUGUCUGAAUGUCAUCUCGAUGGCAGGGGGAGCACUGUAUCUUUCUCUCCAGCUCAUCUGGCCACAACAGGUUGUUGCAGUCUAUGCUGCUGAAACCAAGACGUGGCAGGACUCGGCCUGGAUGAGUACAGCGGUCGGGUGGGGAGUGUGGGCAGGUAUCGUGCUGGUAUUUCCCUUUAUCAACGUGAUCAAGCGGAUCCGACGACAGCUUCUCUUCUUCUCCGUCAUGUCGGUUGCUUUCAUGGCGGCUCUGUCCCAAGUCGACAGACACAAAAAAUCCGAAGCCAUUGCGUUCGCCUUCUUAGCGGGUUUUCCACUUGGCCUGCUCGACUCGGGAUUGACGGUCAUUGUGCAACUCGAUGUGGACGAUGUGGACCUUGGCAUGGCAUAUGCUAUCCUUUCGGCUGUACGUACCGUGUCCGGUGCUAUCUUUCAGGCAGUUUUCAUUGCCAUUCUCACCUCGAAAUCAAAAGCCGCGAUUGCUGCGACAGUGCCAGAGGCAGUGCUUCAAGCCGGGUUACCACAGACGUCACUCCCCCAACUCUUCGCAGCCGUCGAAGCACAAAGUCCAACUGCUCUGGCAGCCGUUCCGGGUAUGACUCCAAGGAUACAAGCUGUAUUGACGUCAACUAUCGCCGACGCCUACUCCACGGCCUUUGCCUACGUCUAUUAUGCGGCCGUGGCGGUCGGAGCAACCGCAAUCAUUGCGUCCCUGUUUUUGAAAGACUAUGACCAGUUCUUAACUGGGCACAUUCCACGGCAAAUUUACAAGAAAGAUGAGCGGGUCAAGAUGCCGGAGGAAGAAGCACCCAAACACGUCGAGUAUAUCCCUCCCAACAAGGAAGUAAGCAGUGUCUGA